AUGGUAAUUCCUUCCCCAGACGAGGAAAGGGAAACAUUGGAGCUUCACGUCCUUAAGAUCAGGAGCGCAUACCCCAGCCACAAAAUCAUCUAUCUUAUUGAGGGCCUCACAGCCUGGAUGCGCAAGAACCGGAAUUCAAGGAACAGAGCUUACCAGGCGGAGGUGCUUCGCCAAUAUGAACAACCAGCAGCUCCUGAACCCACGACGGCCCGGAGUCGCGGCCGAAAACCGAAAAACAAACCCGAAACUACACCCCCUGUCGAUGACGAUACGGUUGAAGACGCGCUCCUUACGCUGCAAGUGACCCAUGCAUGUCUUAUUCACCAUACCGCGACACCAUCAGAAUCAGCCGAAUGGAUCAAGAAUUUCACCGAACAUAUCUCCACAAUCCCCUACCGUCGCGAAAUGAUGGAGGGUAACGAUGCUGCAUUCUGCAUGGACGUGGGUCAAGUCAAGUCCGGUGAAGACAAUCUAGACACAUUUGUCAAAAUGCUCCAGGAAAUCAACCGCGUGACAGCUUCCAUGUCGUACGGUAUUGCAGCACAAUACCCAUGCGUAACGGACCUUAUCCGCGGUAUGCGCAUGCAUGGGCCCACGAUGCUAGAAGAUGUCAGGAAAUCUGCAAACAAGAAUGGUGCUCUGACAGACUCGAGGGUUGGCCCCGCUGCCAGUAAAAGGCUGUACAAGGUAUUUACAGGUCUUGAUCCGACAUCAACCGACGUCUAG